AUGUUAUCAGGAAGAUUUUUUGAGAUUUUUGGAAAUCGACGGUAUUUAGAUGCUGAAAAAGAUACAGAAAAAAUUUUGGAUGCCAUAAGGAAUGGUGAUGUGUCGGACAUUGACAUUAGUGAUGAUGAUGAGGAAAAAGAAAGCCUCCAAGAAUUCAAUGCUCUUGAAAAUAUCACCUGGGAUAGUAAUGAAUCAGCCGCUGAUAGGCAGAACUGGACAACGCAGGAAUAUGUUUCUCUCUUUUGGGAUACGCUUUUAAUGGAAAUGAGCAAAUACACGAAGAUGAAGUAUCAUAAAGAAACAGUUAAUGUUUUAAAUAUUUGUUUAAAUGACAUGAAAGCAUAUUUAGGGGCAACCCUGCUGAUGUCACGCUUAGGUUAUCCAAGAGUUUGCAUGUAUUUUCAGAAAACUACACGUGUUCCUGCUAUUGCUAACGCGAUAACUAGAAACAAGUAUUUUCAGAUUAGAAACCAUUUGAAAGUGCUUGAUGAUGCUCAAGUUACAGAUGAAAAAAAAAACAAAGAUAAGUUGUGGAAAGUAAGACCAAUUAUGGAUCGAGUUAGAAAAGGUUGCCUUACACUUCCUCGUAGUAAGAAUCUUGCUGUAGAUGAGCAGAUGAUACCAUUAAUAGGUGUUUGUGCUGUAAAACGAUAUGUACCAGGGAAGCCAAAUCCAGAAGGGCUAAGGAAUUUCGUUUUGGCAGCACCAAGUGGUUUAGUAUUAGAUUUUGAAGUCUAUAAAGGGAAAGGUAUUCAAAUUCCUGUUCAGCCAUCUGCAAUUGGACGCAGAAUAACUCUUUUUACUGGAAAGCGAAAGAAAGAAGCUGAGAAGCCUCCAGGAUUGAAAAAAGUUGAUUUUGCUCUGAGGCAUCAUAUUUCUUGUAUAAUGCCUCCUUCAAAGCGUGAGGUUCCACAUAAUCUGGUGUCUUGA